AUGCCCAUAGAUAAAACUAACCCUUUCCAGGAAGACGUUAAUCCCUUUGAUAGUGAAGACGAAUUUAAUUUCGAACUGGGUGACGGGAAUAGAAGUUCCCAGCAUGCUAAAAGUAACGACAAUAAAGUAACCUUUGAUGAACCUCGUGAUACUAGAAAGCCUCAUUUAGAUGAAAGCUUAUCAUUCGAAAACACAGCUGAUGCAGAUUCAUUCGAUGGCCAUUCCUAUCAGCAGACACCAGAUAUCGGUAGAUUCAAUCAUAACGAGUCUGGGACGUUUGAUGAUAUUGAAUUGGAAAACGACAACAAUGCCGAGACUCCGGCUAUGAAGAGACUCCGGCUUGGCACCCAAAGAAACAAAAAAGGCAAGCCUCUUAUUGGAAGGACUAAGACGCUGAAAUGGGCGAAAGAGAAUUUAUAUAACCCAUUUGAAGACUUUAUCAAAGAGGAGGAUGCCUUUGACGACGCCGGUAUGAAAAAUAGGGCCGACGAACUCAGAACGGUGUACUACAACAUGGAUUUACCGGAUGAUAUGCUCGACGAAGAGGGAAAACCUCUUGCUGAUUAUGCACGUAACAAGAUUAGAACAACCAAGUAUACGCCAUUAACGUUCUUGCCUAAAAAUAUCUUAUUUCAAUUCCAAAACUUCGCCAACGUCUAUUUCUUGAUGCUGAUCAUUUUAGGUGCCUUCCAGAUCUUUGGUGUUACAAAUCCCGGGUUAAGUGCAGUGCCGCUGAUUGUCAUCGUUAUUAUCACUGCCAUCAAGGAUGGUGUUGAAGAUUCCAGGAGAACUGUUUUAGAUUUAGAGGUGAAUAACACCAGGACGCACAUUCUCGAAGGUGUACCAAAUGGAAACAUUUCCGCCGACAACGUUUCGAUGUGGAGAAAGUUCAAGAAGGCUAACACAAGGCUACUCGUCAAGUUUAUCGACUACUGCAAAAGCAGGUUUUCUGAAGAAGGGAGAAGGAAGCGCGCAAUGCGCCAGCGGAAUCAUCUCAGGGUCCAGCAUGCAAGAGCGCAAGGAGACACUGACAUGCCACGUAAUUCCUUGGACUCAGUUGGCAGUUAUAGGUUUUCUGCUGAGUAUGGACGUCCGUCUUUAGAUGAGAACGGUGCAGAUGGCAUGGCAAAUGAAGGCCAUAUUAUUGAUAGAACUUUGCCUCCCAGAACUGAUUGUAAGUUUUCGAAAGACUUCUGGAAAAACGUUAAAGUUGGUGACAUUGUGAGAAUUCAUAAUAACGAUGAGAUUCCCGCAGAUGUUAUUUUGUUGGCAUCUUCAGACAAUGACGGCGCUUGCUAUCUUGAAACCAAAAACUUGGAUGGUGAAACAAAUUUGAAGGUUAGACAAUCCUUGAGCACCACCCUUGAUAUUAGAAAUUCUAGAGAUGUUGCAAGAUCGAGGUUUUGGGUCGAAAGUGAAGGCCCUCACGCAAACUUAUAUUCUUAUGAAGGUAAUUUGAAAUACAUUGAUACCAAAGACGGAGACCUGAAGAACGAGCCCAUCACAAUCAACAACAUGUUGCUUCGUGGUUGUACACUAAGAAACACCAAAUGGGCGAUGGGUAUUGUAAUGUUCACUGGUGAUGAAACCAAGAUUAUGUUAAAUGCUGGUGUUACUCCAACAAAAAAGUCUCGAAUCUCGAGAGAACUGAACUUCUCUGUUUUGAUCAAUUUCCUGAUCUUGUUUAUUCUUUGUUUCAUUUCGGCGAUAAUUAAUGGUGUUUCGUACAGCAAGCAUCCUGCCUCUCGCGACUACUUUGAGUUUGGUAUAAUAGGUGGGACAGCUUCAACAGCAGGUUUUGUUACUUUUUGGGUUGCAGUUAUUCUAUAUCAGUCUUUGGUACCCAUUUCACUGUACAUCUCUGUUGAGAUUAUCAAAACGGCACAAGCGGCGUUUAUUUACGGUGAUGUUUUACUAUACAACGCAAGGCUGGAUUACCCAUGUACUCCAAAGUCGUGGAAUAUUUCUGAUGAUUUGGGCCAGAUUGAAUAUAUUUUUUCCGAUAAAACUGGUACCCUAACUCAAAAUAUCAUGGAAUUUAAAAAAUGUACUAUUAAUGGUGUUUCUUACGGUAGGGCAUACACGGAGGCCCUGGCGGGUCUGAGAAAACGACAAGGUGUUGAUGUGGAAUCCGAAUCUCGUCACGAAAAAGAGGGGAUUGCUAGAGAUAGAGAAAUCAUGAUCAAAGAUCUAAUGCAUUUAUCUGACAAUUCACAAUUUUAUCCCGAGGACAUCACAUUUGUUUCCAAAGAAUUCACUGACGAUUUAAAGGCUAAGAACGGGGAGGUACAACAGAAGUGCUGCCAACAUUUUAUGCUGGCGCUAGCGUUAUGCCAUUCUGUCUUAGUCGAAAAGAACAAGGUUGAUCCCAAUAGACUAGAUAUUAAAGCCCAAUCGCCCGAUGAAGCUGCAUUAGUUACUACUGCUAGAGAUAUGGGUUUCAGUUUUGUGGGAAGUACAAAACAAGGUAUGAUCAUCGAGAUACAGGGUGUUCAAAAGGAAUUUCAGAUCUUGAAUAUUUUGGAGUUCAAUUCCUCAAGGAAGAGAAUGAGCUGUAUUGUGAAAAUUCCAGCUGCCAACCCUGAAGAAGAGCCCAAGGCAUUACUGAUUUGUAAAGGUGCGGAUUCCGUGAUUUUUUCAAGACUAUCUACGAAGGCCGGUGCUAAUGACGAGCAAUUAUUGGAAAAGACAGCUCUGCAUUUGGAACAGUACGCCACUGAAGGUCUGAGAACACUUUGUAUUGCCCAAAAGGAAAUAUCUUGGCCUGCUUACCAGAAGUGGAAUGCCAAAUACAACGCUGCUGCGGCUGUGCUCACGAACAGAGAAGAACAGCUAGAUGCUGUCGCAGACGCUAUUGAACGUGACCUAAUACUAUUAGGUGGGACUGCCAUCGAAGAUCGUUUACAAGAUGGUGUACCUGAUUCUAUUGCUAUUCUGGUUCAGGCUGGUAUCAAGUUGUGGGUUUUGACCGGUGAUAAGGUCGAAACAGCCAUCAAUAUUGGGUUUUCGUGUAACCUAUUGAAUAAUGAAAUGGAAUUAUUGGUCAUCAAGACGUCAGGUGAGGAUGUUAAAGAAUAUGGUACUGAACCAAGUCAAAUCGUGGACAAUCUGGUAUCAACAUAUUUAAGAGAAAAAUUCGGACUUGGUGGCACAGAAAUGGAACUUGCCAAUGCUAAAGCUGACCAUGAGCAUCCAAAGGGUAACUUUGCAGUCAUCGUUGAUGGUGAAGCUUUAAAACUGCUUCUUAACGAUGAGGAUAUGAGAAGAAAAUUUUUGUUGCUUUGUAAAAACUGUCGGGCAGUACUUUGUUGCAGAGUUUCUCCAUCUCAAAAGGCUGCAGUCGUCAAGUUAGUUAAAAAUACUCUUGAUGUUAUGACCCUUGCCAUUGGGGAUGGGUCCAAUGAUGUUGCUAUGAUCCAGUCUGCCGAUGUAGGUAUCGGUAUUGCCGGUGAGGAAGGCCGUCAAGCUGUCAUGUGCUCCGACUAUGCUAUCGGGCAGUUCAGAUAUUUAACGAGAUUGUUACUCGUUCAUGGAAGGUGGUCUUACAAACGGUUGGCUGAGAUGAUCCCGUCAUUUUUUUACAAGAACGUUAUUUUCACCCUGACUUUGUUUUGGUACGGUAUCUACAAUAAUUUUGACGGGUCUUACUUGUUUGAGUACACUUUCAUUAUGUUUUACAACUUGGCCUUUACGUCCUUGCCUGUCAUUUUUCUGGGUAUCCUCGACCAGGAUGUCAGUGACACAGUGUCCUUGGUGGUCCCGCAACUAUACAGGGUUGGUAUUUUGCGUCUUGAAUGGAAGCAAACCAAGUUUUUGUGGUAUAUGUUGGAUGGGUUGUACCAGUCAUGCAUCUCCUUUUUCUUCCCCUAUUGUGUUUACCGCAAGACGAUGAUUGUUACGAAAAAUGGGCUAGGGAUCGACCACCGGUAUGACGUUGGGGUUAUGGUUGCAAGUAUUGCAGUUAUAUCCUGUAACCUCCACAUCUUGCUACAUCAAUACAGAUGGGAUUGGUUCAGUGUGACAUGGAUAGCGCUGUCCUGUCUAGUUCUCUUUUUCUGGACAGGUAUUUGGUCGAGUGUGCUACACAGUAAGGACCUAUACAAGGCUGCUUCCAGGAUUUACGACACACCCGCGUUUUGGGCUGUGUUUUUUGUUGGAGUAUGUUACUGUCUAUUACCGCGGUUCACGCUGGAUUGCUGCAGGAAGUUUUUCUACCCAACAGAUGUGGAAAUCGUGAGGGAAAUGUGGGCCAGAGGUGACUUCGACCAUUACCCAACUGGAUAUGAUCCAACGGAUCCUGACAGGCCUAAAAUCGUCAAACCAGGUAAGCUCGGUGAACAUCCUGUGUCGAUUAACUCUCGCGGCAUCGAAUUGCGCGACAAUUACGGAUUCGGGUCGGUGUCUCAAGAGAGUGUUUUAACUGAGGAGAUUCCAAUGAACAUACUGAACGAUGCGGCAGGUUCCCCCACGGCUCUGCGUGUCGAAGAGAACCGUCAAACUUGGGGGGACUCGCCAAAGGAGACCCAGGAUCUAUUGUUCUCCCCGAGACUGAAAGACGAAGGCAAGGGUACAUUCGAGCCGCAGACGGGUUCUACUUUACGGCAAUCCACCGUUCCGCAAAACAGAACGUCGCUAGACCACACCAGGGAGCAAAUGCUCUCCAGCAAUCAACUAGACAACCGAUAUUCGGUCGAGCGGGCCAGAAUGUCCCUAGAACUUCCGGGAAUCAAGAAUGCCGAGGGUCUUCUUGAUGCCAGAAAGAGUUUUCACCGCGAUAGGUAA